AGAUUCUCGUCAAUUUUCCAGUCGAAUGCCUUACAUACAUCUUCGUAGUAACGUGUCAUGUUUCCGCGUUUUAUUAUAUCGAGUAAUUCAGUUUUUAAGUUCUCAUCAUUUUGGUAUUUUGGCAGAGUUAAUUUAAAUCGGAUUUUGAUAAAGAAUAUAUGCUCAGGGGUUCUGUGACACAAUUCUGAAUUACUCAUGACUUUUAUUUUUACUCAUUAGUCUAACGAAUAUCAUACGAUCUUUGGAUGCCAGUCUUUUGUUUUUCGAUUUAUGUUCGCUUAUCAUUAGAUGUAAAACAAUUUGAAUUAUUAAUAUAUUUUGCAUAAUGUAUUUCGAUAGAUAUAUCAACCAAUCAGCGUGUGCUAUUCAAAUAAAGAAAUGGCGCAUUUUCGUUACUCGCAACCAGCAUUGAUCAAAUGAGCGCCAAAACCUGUGUAGAUUCUAACCUUUUAGAUAACUUUUUAAAGUUUAUCAUACAAGUUUGAAUUAUAAACUAUGACAGAGAAACCUACUCAAACCACCAAUUUACCAUGGGUGGAAAAGUAUCGACCGAAAAAAUUAGAUGAUUUGAUAUCUCACGAGGAAAUCAUAAAAACUAUAAAUAAAUUCAUUGAUGAAAAUCAGCUUCCCCAUCUCCUUUUUUAUGGACCUCCUGGUACAGGGAAAACAAGUACAAUACUUGCUUGUGCACGUAAAUUAUAUACACCAGCCCAAUUUAAUUCAAUGGUAUUAGAAAUGAAUGCUUCAGAUGAUAGAGGUAUUGGUAUAGUUAGAGGACAGAUCCUUAGCUUUGCAAGUACAGGCACAAUGUACAGAUCUGGUUUUAAAUUAAUCAUCCUUGAUGAAGCUGAUGCUAUGACAAAGGAUGCCCAGAAUGCUCUUAGGAGAAUAAUAGAGAAGUACACAGACAAUGUAAGGUUUUGUAUUAUAUGUAAUUAUCUCAGUCAAAUUAUCCCUGCCCUUCAGUCUCGGUGCACUAAAUUUAGGUUUGGCCCUUUGUCUACAGACCAAAUUUUACCAAGGCUAGAUGCCAUUAUUAAAGAAGAGAAUUUAAAUGUUUCGGAGGAUGGAAAACAAGCAUUGAUAACAUUGAGUGGAGGAGAUAUGAGGAAAGUUUUGAAUGUCCUCCAAAGUACUUCGCUUGCUUUCAGUGCAGUUACAGAAGAAAAUGUUUAUUCUUGUGUAGGACAUCCUCUUCCAAUUGAUAUAAAAAAUAUCAUCAAUUGGUUGUUGAAUGAAUCAUAUGAAUUAUGUUAUUGUAAAAUACAAGACAUAAAACUAAAGAAAGGACUGGCAUUGCAGGAUAUAUUAACAGAACUGCAUCUAUUUGUAAAUAAAAUCGAAUUUCCAGAUUCCGUACUUAUCGAUUUGGUAAUUAAACUAGCCGAAAUAGAGAAAAGAGUAUCUAUUGGUUGUAGUGAAGCGGUACAAUUAAAUGCCCUCGUUUCAGCAUUUCAAAGAGCUCGCGAUAUCGAGAUUUCUUAGUGCGUACAACAUUUGAGGAUCGAAUUCUAUGAAUUGAGGUAAUAUCGAAUUUGAAGCACUAUAUGUUCGUAUGAAGAAUUUUAGAAUAAUACUUAAUUCGGUAAGAAUGUAUUGUUUACGAUUGUUACUAUGUAUAAUAAAGAAAAGAUCGAGAUUUUUAGAAAACCAUA